AAGGUGACAGUCACAGAGGCUCCCAAGUUGCUUGGAAACUCAAUAGGUCACAAAAGCCAUGAGAAAAAACUCAAGCAGCCGCCUUAUUUAACCCUUCUUCUGUUUCAUACUUUCUUUUCUUUAAUUCUUUUUCUUGAUUAAAAUGUUUGAUUCUUGAUUUAUUCCCCUCCUCCUCUAUUAGUGUUGAGUGGUGGGUUGAUUCUUCUGGGCUCUAAAGAACACUGUUGUUAGAAAAUGAUCCGAGCAAAGCAUCUCGGUAACUUUUCCCAGACUGCCAGAUCCCUUUUCCUAGGUGGACAAAGAUGUAGUGCGGCAGAUGGGAGUUCAUGCACUUGCUCGGAUGAUGAGACUUGUAUUUCUAGAAGGCCUCUGAGAGCAAAUGUGCAACACUUGCAAGCACCAUCCUCAUUGUUGUCAAAAGCUUCAGUAGCAGUAGGUUCACUGACUUCAGUCGAUUCAGUAAAAGAAGUGAAUGCUAAAAAAAAGGACAAUGGCUCUCUGUCGAAAGGAGUUGCUGCGUCCCACGCAUCUGAAAGAGAAAUCUCUGUUAGUUAUGCAGACGACAUUGAUGCAAAUGACAUGCUCCAUUCAUCACCUCCUAUAGCUGAACAGUUUGUUAAGGCAGGUAUGGCAGCCGUAGGUCUUCUAUCCGACAUAGUAAACUAUAGAAUCCCGAUGACAGAUGGGAGUGCAACAGUCACCCCACCUUCUAACUCUGUGUUUGAACGCACCAAGCAAGUUUCUAGUAUCAGACCUCCUAAUAUCAAAACUUCCAGAAAAGAGAGAGUAUCCGUAAAGCCCUCUGCUGCACGAGUGUAUGGUUCGAAAUUUACAAGCGUCCCUGAUGGUGCUAAAGGCCGAGCUGAUAAAGCAGGAGUAGAGGAGGGGGUAGCCAAUGAGUCAAAUAAUGCAUCCAGAAAUUUUGUAGCGAGUCAUGGACUCUCCUCAGACCCCCGUGAUAGGAAAAGGCCAAUUCCUCAAAAAUCAAGAUCUUAUUCAAGCCAAUUCACGCCAAACACUCAACAGUCAGAGGGGAAGUUUGGUGAUAACAACUUGGACGGGUUCACUAGGGCAAUGAGACAGACAAAAGUUAUGAUGGGAGCAGCACCAGGCGCUAGGCAGUUUUCUGUUGUUGAAAGUGUGUGCCGCAUUUUGCACCAGUCGAAAUGGAGCCCUGCUACAGAAGACGCUCUCGAAAAGCUCAACUGUACAGUGGAUCCUUACCAGGCGAAUCAAAUACUUAAGCAGCUUCAAGAUUAUAGAGUGGCUCUUGGGUUUUUCUACUGGCUAAAACAGAGACCUGGAUUCAAGCACGACGGGCACACAUAUACCACUAUGGUCGGUAUCCUUGGCCGUGCCAGAGAGUUUGGUGCCAUCAACAAAUUGCUUGGCCAGAUGAUCAGCGACGGAUGCAAGCCAAAUAUUGUUACAUAUAAUCGUCUCAUUCACAGUUAUGGCAGAGCUAAUUACUUGAAUGAAGCCAUGGGUGUUUUCAAUCAGAUGCAGAAGGUGGGCUGUGAACCUGAUCGUGUAACUUAUUGUACGCUCAUCGACAUCCAUGCAAAAUCCGGUUAUCUCGAUGUUGCAAUUAAUUUGUACCAGCGGAUGCAAGAAGCUGGACUCUCUCCCGAUACAUUUACUUACAGCGUAAUCAUUAAUUGCCUAGGGAAAGCUGGCCAUUUGACUGCCGCCCACAAACUAUUCUGUGAGAUGGUUAAUCAGGGCUGUGUGCCUAACCUGGUGACCUAUAAUAUCAUGAUUGCUUUACACGCGAAAGCUAGGAAUUACCAGAGUUCGUUACAGCUUUAUCGCGACAUGCAGAGUGCUGGCUUUGAGCCCGACAAAGUGACUUACAGUAUCAUUAUGGAGGUUCUUGGCCAUUGUGGCCAUCUGGAUGAAGCUGAGGCAGUUUUUGCAGAGAUGAAAAGAAAGAACUGGAUCCCUGAUGAGCCCGUCUACGGCCUUCUUGUCGACUUGUGGGGAAAAUCUGGCAACGUCGAGAAGGCUUGGGAGUGGUACAGAGCCAUGCUUACUGCAGGCUUAUGCCCUAAUGUUCCAACUUGCAAUUCUCUUCUCAGUGCUUUCCUCAGGGUACACCGCCUCCGCGAUGCAUACGACUUGCUCCAGAGCAUGGUGAGUUUGGGUCUGAAUCCUUCUCUGCAGACCUACACUCUGCUCCUCAGUUGUUGCACGGAUGCCCAAACUCCAUACGACAUGGCGUUCUGCUGUGACCUCAUGACCGCGUCCGGCCACCCGGCACACACAUUCUUGCUUUCCUUGCCUGCUCCGGGGCCGGAUGGGCAGAAUGUCCGUGACCAUGUCAGCAACUUCCUCGACAUGAUGCAUAGUGAAGACAGGGAGAGUAAACGGGGCCUUGUGGAUGCUGUGAUAGAUUUCUUUCACAAGACGGGGCUAAAGGAGGAAGCUGGCUCCGUGUGGGAGGUUGCAGCGCAGAAGAAUGUCUAUCCAGAUGCGCUAAGGCAGAAGAGUUCUUGUUAUUGGCUCAUAAACCUCCAUGUGAUGUCUGAUGGAACUGCUGUGACUGCACUAUCGAGAACCCUAGCUUGGUUUCGCAAGGAGAUGCUUGCCUCUGGGGUCUGCCCCAGCCGGAUUGAUAUUGUGACCGGUUGGGGGAGACGGAGCAGGGUCACCGGGACCUCGAUGGUGAGGCAGGCGGUUCAAGAACUGCUCAACAUGUUCAGGUUUCCAUUCUUUACUGAAAAUGGGAACUCCGGGUGCUUUGUUGGGUGUGGAGAGCCUCUCAACCGGUGGCUGCUGCAGUCUUAUGUCGAACGAAUGCAUCUGUUGUAGCGCAGCAGGGCUUGCGGCAUUUUUUGGUGUUCGGAGAGAGACGAGGUUGUCCUCGGGCAUUAGCGUGUAGUGAUCGUUGCUAUGUGUAGGUGAAAUGAAUGGUUUUUAUUUGGCCUAGUUACACCUGAAUCUUUGCCAACUUUGUGUUGAUAUUGUAUUUACGUUGUUGUUCAUCCUUGUUUCUGUGUUGCUUUUUGGUUAGCUUUCUUUCAGGUCUUGAUUGAUUGCUGCAACUUCUUGUAACUUUUCUUCCUCAGCUUCAAAUCUUAUCUAGAUUGAUCCUCA